ACACCUGCUUACAAUACAAGACCUAGGUCUCUAUCAGUUGCAGCAGGUGGAGGUGGCAAUAGAGGAAGUUCUCUCUGUGUGUUUGUCUUAGCCGAUAUUGCGCCACUUUUUUUAAGCUUUUGCACCAAUUUAGCUCCAAACCGGCAGUGAAAGAUAGACAACGUAAGCUUAUGAUAAUGAAAAGAUUAGCUUAUUAAGAUAGAUAGAUCAUACCCAUUCUUUGAUCAUUAGGGUUCCUCUCUCUCUCUCUUUCAUUUUCUUUUGCUUCCUAUUUAACCCUUCUCCUUCUCCAUCCUCCCAUUCUUCUAAAGUCUCAAACCCUUUCCCUUUUUGUGGCCUUUCUUCUGUUUUUUAUUUAUCGGGAUUCGAUCCGACAACUCCCCUUUCAGGCAGGCUUAAAACAUACUUGCCUGUUUCUUUAUAUUUUUGUCGUCUUCUUGUCCAAAUUUGGAAUAAAAGCUUCUAAUACUGCCGUCAUAUUUGGGAGAAAAAAGUAAACAGGGUUGUUCGAUCCAACUCUUGAUUUUUGCUGGAAGAGAAGAUUCAAUCACCCCAGAUCUGUAUUUGAACUGCUUGAGAAAAAGAAAAUGAAUGUACUUCCACAAGUUCCACCAGGCUUUCGCUUCCAUCCCACAGAAGAAGAGCUGGUUGAUUAUUACCUUAGAAAGAAAAUCUCUUUAAGAAGGAUUGACCUAGAUGUAAUUAAAGAUGUUGAUCUCUAUAAAAUUGAGCCUUGGGAUCUUCAAGAGAUAUGCAGAAUAGGGAGAGAAGAGCAAAAUGAAUGGUAUUUCUUCAGCCAUAAGGAUAAGAAAUAUCCAACAGGAAGUCGCACAAAUAGAGCCACGGCAGCUGGGUUUUGGAAAGCAACGGGCAGAGACAAGGCUAUUUAUUCCAAGCAUGACUUGAUUGGGAUGAGGAAAACAUUAGUGUUUUAUAAAGGUCGAGCCCCAAAUGGACAAAAGUCUGACUGGAUUAUGCAUGAGUAUCGCCUUGAAACUUAUGAAAAUGGGACUCCACAGGACGAAGGAUGGGUUGUAUGUAGGGUAUUCAAGAAGAGAAUAACAGCUAUGCGCAAAGUCGGUGAACAUGAAUCUUCGUGUUGGUAUGAUGAUCAAGUCUCGUUCAUUCCCGAUCUAGAUUCCCCAAACCAAACAUCCCUAUCUAAUAACGCUUACCACCACCUUCCCUAUUCCUGCAAGAAAGAGCUUGAUUUGCAGUACCAAGUUCCCCAUGACCAUUACCUCCAGUCACGGGAUCCCUUAAGCUGCAAUCCAAUGGCUGCAUUUGGUCAGUGCUCAUCCUUCACACAGGACCAUCAUAUUCAACAAACUCAUCACCAACACUUGAAUGCACUCUUUGGGAACCACAGCAAUGAGCAAGCGGUGGAUCAAGCCACUGAUUGGCGCCUCCUUGACACCCUUGUUGCUUCUCAGCUUAGUCAAGAAGAAGAGAUAAUCGCCAAUCAAAGUAAUUACUCAAAUGCACUGUCUUCAUUCUUCGCUGAAUAAAAAAGGAAGUAAGUAAUGCUUUAAUCCUCUGUACAUAAUAAAACUAUACGAACAAAACACACCUUAACAUUAAUUGUUGAACUCCUAGAUCUUCCCUAGUAGUACUAAAUUAAUGUCAUAUGUGGCUAGGUGGAGUGUUGCCUUGAGGAAUUAAGUUGAUUGCAGCUUUAAUUGUCUUAUGCAAGUAAAGCAUUUUUUUAUUGUGGCAUAUGGGUUAUGCAUAACAGCCCGAAACAUUGUUGCUUAUUGAUCGACCCGGCGGUUGAUCAUAUAUGUAUACAUAUGUUUAUGUUAAUGAAAUAGUGUUAGAAAAACUUUCAUU